UAACUAUUGCAUAAAGGCUCUUUAUGCAAGCAAUUAAAACCCUGUCUCUGUAUGUCUGUCCUGUUGCUAUUCCACAGUCUUACGCUACAGUCACUUUGUACUUCACAGUUUAUGUGACAGUUAAAACUUUUGAAUCUAUGUCCACUGAAGUCAUGAAAUGUUGAAUCGCCCUGCUUUAGAAUCAGAGGCUCACAUCGUUCCUGUCUCAUUUAUAAAGAAUAAUGCUGAUAGUAGUGAUCUUCUCUGAUGAAUCUCUGCUCCCGUGGGUUAGCUCAGGUCACUGAAUUUUGCUUUCAUUGACGAAUGCCUAGUCAAUGACUGCAUUUCAGUGUGUUCUUGGGAUAUAAAGAGUAAACUCAUGGUCAGAGAGCAGCAGAUGGUAAUUUCUGCUUUAAAUCCUGUUUGGUUUUAAAGAAGCUCUGUGUUGUUUGGCAGUAGUGGAGAGACACCAAGUACAUUUACUGAAGCUCAUUUGAAAAAAAAAAAACUACUUGUGCUUUACCUUUAUCAGGGAUGGAAUCGGCAAGUUCUGAUUCUAGCGGAAGGUUGUUGGGGGGGGGGCGGCGCAGCGACUUCCAAUCGCUGGGCCGUUUACAAUCGUCGUUAACAAGCUAUCGUUAACGUCGUUACCAUCGUGCGGAGUAUCAGGGACAAUAAAGUGUUCAAACUUGUGAAAUCGGCGUUCAAACAAAUGAAAUCUGCGGAAAUCCGUGGUAAAUUCCCAUCCCUGAAAAAAGCGGAAUUCCGCGAAUUCGCGGAAAAAUCACAUCCCUGCUUUAUAUAUCCCAUCUUAUUCUACUUUAUAUUACUACUGUAUUGAUAUAACUGUAUACAGUUUAUGGUAUUUUCCAGCAGAUCUGCACUAGAGUCCAAAGUCCAACUGCUGUGAGGUUUUUAACUCCUCUGUUUGUUCUCUCUGCACUUUUUGUCCGUGUCCUUCAGAAGUAACAUGGAGAAGAUCUCUGACUAUCUCUGCAGGUAUAAAAACUACAUCUUUACUGCUGGCAUGACAACUGCAGAGCACAUUGAUUCUCUUCAGAGCUUUGAAAUCAGAGACAGCGAUGUCUUCGUCGUCACUUACCCAAAAUCAGGCACCAUCUGGACUCAGCAGAUCAUCAUCUCCAUCUGUGAGUUGGCCGGGGGUCUUAAUGAAUAUCCAAACAACAUGGAGCAGAUGCCCUGGCUGGAAUACAGAGAAGGUCGACCAGAUUACGCCCUGCGACCUUCUCCUCGGCUCUUCGCCUCUCAUCUGACCCCGAUGCUGAUGCCUCCUGGACUGAAGGAGAAAAAGGGAAAGAUCAUCUAUGUGAUGCGGAACCCGAAGGACAACAUCAUCUCGUAUUACCACUUCAGCAAAGCCUUGAAGGAACUACAGAGUCCCAAGAACUUUGACGAGUAUUUAGAGCAGUACCUGACGGGAAACGUCUUGGGAUCUUCCUGGUUUGACCACAUCAGGGUGUGGCAUUCAAACAAAGACCAGUACAACAUCCUUUUCCUCACCUAUGAGGACAUGAUUUUGGACCUGAAGGGAGCAGUGCAGAAGAUCUGCAGUUUCUUAGGGAAGAACCUGAGUGAAGCUGCCAUCGAGCAGGUUGUGGAAAAAUCUACAUUUAAGAACAUGAAGAAAGACUUGAAGGCCAACUACGAAUUUUUGCCAGAGGAGAGGAUGAGUGGAAAAUUCAUGCGCAAAGGUCAGAUUGGCGACUGGAAAAAUACGUUUACUGUGGAACAGAGCGAACGAGUCGACCGGCUGAUUCAGGAGAGACUCGGUGAUCUGAAUCUGAAGUUGAUCUGGGAGUGAACAGAGCAGUCGCAGCAGGGAAGAGGACGUUUGACUUCAUGAAUCUCACACUUCAGAACCUUUUACAAUGCAG